AUGCCACCUCAAAAGCAUGAGCCCAUUGCUAUCAUUGGAACCGGUUGCCGCUUUCCCGGCGGCGCAAACAGUCCAUCCAAACUAUGGGACUUGCUCCGAGAGCCUCGAGACUUAGCCAAAAAGAUUCCACUAAAUCGUUUCAACAUCGAUACGUUCUACCACCCAGAUGGCUCUCACUUUGGUACAACAAAUGUUAAGGAAUCUUACUUCAUGGAAGAAGACCCCCGCCGUUUUGAUAGUCAAUUUUUUAAUAUUCAGCCAGCUGAGGCGGAGGCUCUGGAUCCACAGCAGAGACUUCUACUCGAAACUGUCUUUGAAGCAAUCGAAAGCGCAGGUAUGGAAUUAGAAAGUCUCAAAGGCUCUAACACUGCAAUAUAUGUUGGGUUGAUGUGUGAUGAUUAUUCGGAAAUUAUGCGCAGAGAUCUGAACUCGCUACCUACGUACGCAGUCACCGGUACUUCUCGGGCCAUUAUGUCUAAUAGAGUCUCUUAUUUCUUCGACUGGCGCGGGCCUUCCAUGACUAUUGACACGGCUUGCUCAUCGAGUAUGGUGGCAAUUCACCAAGCUGUUCAAACUUUGAGGGACGAUGAGUCUCGCACCGCAGUAGCAGCUGGAGCAAAUCUGAUAUUCGGUCCCGAAGCAUACAUUAGUGAAAGCAAUCUUCACAUGCUGUCUUCUUCCGGUCGUUCUCGAAUGUGGGAUGCAGCAGCAGACGGCUACGCUCGCGGUGAAGCGAUAGGUGCACUCGUCCUCAAGCGGCUGUGCGAUGCCAUUGAAGAUGGAGACCAUGUCGAGUGUAUCAUUCGCGAGACUGGCGUAAGCCAAGAUGGACGAACCCAAGGCAUUACUAUGCCUAGUGAAACCUCUCAGGCGGCCUUGAUCCGAGACACUUAUCUGAGAGCCGGCCUUGACUUGACAAAGAAAGAGGACAGAUGCCAAUAUUUUGAAGCACAUGGCACCGGCACUGCUGUAGGGGAUCCGAAAGAAGCAGAAGCAGUAGCAACUGCUUUCUUUGGCCAUGAAAAUAAUAUUCCACCCGAUGAUAUGCUCUUUGUGGGGUCCAUUAAGACAGUGGUAGGUCAUACUGAGGGCACUGCUGGAAUUGCUGGGGUGAUCAAAGCAAGUUUAGCUUUACAGUAUGGAGUAAUUCCUCCAAACCUACAUUUCAAUCAACUGAACCCAGCAAUCGAACCCUUCUAUAAGUAUCUGCAAGUCCCAACGGCUGCAACUCCCUGGCCAUUUGUACCGCAAGGUCAACCGAGGCGUGCAAGCGUGAACAGCUUUGGUAAUGACAAGAAACCCCUCCAUUUGAUAUCAACGCUAAUAUAA